GGCGUUUGGGGAAUUCCAUGGCCACGUUUUCAACCCCGCGACGUUCUUUCCUCUUGUUCCGACGGCCCCACCACCACUUCAAUUUAACGCCGCCGCUCCCUCGGCCGUCUCCCUCCAACCAACUCCGCUUCUUCCUCUUCCUCGUGCUCCUCUUCGUCUCCUCGUCGGCGCUGGAGCCAUCGUCCGACCCCCUUCGCUCCUGCUCCUGUCGAGUAGCUGAAGCGGCGCCCAUGCUCGGAUCCUCUGUCAGCGCCCUCUUCCCCUCGUACUGGGAGAUUCAAGUUUCAUUCGCCACGGCGCUGGUGGUCAUCGCUCUCUUCACCCUUUUGGAGAGGCUUUUAAUGGCCUGCGAUGGAGGCGAGGAUGACCGGCCGUCCUCCGGCGAAGAACCCUCCUUGGCUGUCGGGGAACCGUCCCUGCGUCCGGCGGACGUCAAAGAGAAGAUGAGCAUGAUCAAACUCGAUACUCAAGUUACUUCCACAUAUGUUGUUAAGAUAGAACUAUUGGCUGCAAAGAAUCUUAUUGGUGCAAACUUGAAUGGAACUUCCGAUCCUUAUGCAAUAAUUACAUGUGGAGAGCAAAAGCUAUUUAGUUCCAUGGUUCCUGGUACAAGAAAUCCAAUAUGGGGAGAAGAAUUUAACUUUUUUGCCGAUAGGCUUCCUGUUCAGAUUAAUGUAACAAUAUAUGACUGGGAUAUAAUUUGGAAAAGCACUGUUCUUGGUUCUGUCACUAUUCCAGUUGAAAACGAAGGCCAUACUGGUGCAAUUUGGUAUACCCUGGAUAGCACAUCAGGACAGGUUUGUCUCCAUAUCAAAACCCAAAAGCUGUCACCACAUUCUUCCAGAGCAUUAAAUGGUUAUCCUGGAGUUGAUGCCCGAAGAAGAUUGUCUUUGGAUCAAGGGCCUACCUUAGUCCAUCAAAAACCAGGACCCUUGCAGACCAUAUUUGAUCUUCCUCCUGAUGAGGUUGUUGAUCAUAGUUAUUCUUGUGCCCUUGAAAGGUCUUUCCUGUACCAUGGGCGCAUGUAUGUGUCUACAUGGCACAUUUGUUUCCACUCAAAUGUAUUUUCUAAGCAAAUGAAGGUCAUCAUUUCUUUUGGAGACAUUGAAGAGAUACGGCGAAGCCAACAUGCAGUCAUCAACCCUGCAAUUACGAUUGUCCUCAAAGUGGGUGCUGGUGGACAAGGGGUACCACCUUUAGGAAGUCCAGAUGGGAGAGUCAAAUACAUGUUUGCAUCAUUUUGGAACAGAAAUCAUACGAUACGAGCUUUAGAACGUGCAGUUAAGAACUUUCAUGCAACAAUAGAAGCUGAGAAGAAGGAAUGGGCACAAUCUGCAUUACGGGCACACAGCAGCUCUAUAAGAGGUAGUCCGAGACACAUUAACAUUCCAAAAGAGAGUGUUGUUGAGACUGGAAAGUUUCAAACUUUCAUCAAGGAAGAAGUUCUAGUUGGCAUUUUGAAUGAAACUUUCCCUUGCACUGCAGAGAAGUUCUUUUCCCUCUUACUGAGUGAUGACUCAAAGUUUAUUGAUGAAUAUCGGUCAGCACGUAGAGAUACCAAUCUGAAUUUUGGUCAGUGGCAUGUUGCUGAUGAAUACAAUGGUCAAGUCAGAGAAAUAACCUUUAGAUCGUUAUGCCAUAGUCCUAUGUGUCCUCCAGACACAGCCAUGACAGAGUGGCAACAUGCUGUUCUUUCCUCUGACAAGAGAAUUCUGGUCUUCGAGACAGUCCAACAGGCACAUGAUGUCCCAUUUGGUUCUUGCUUUGAGGUACACUGCAAGUGGACAUUGACAACAAUCUCAGAGUCAUCCUGUCAAUUGGAGAUACAAGUUGGUGCACAUUUCAAGAAAUGGUGCAUCAUGCAGUCCAAGAUAAAGUCGGGAGCGGUUGAUGAGUACAAGAAAGAAGCAGCGCAUAUGUUGGCGAUUGCGCGGGUAUAUCUUGUCAAAGUGAAGGGUUCUAGUCCAGAUAAAGGUGAUGCAUCACAAGUCUAAACUUAGACGGUUGCAGCUCUGCCUACUUGAAGUAAACGCCUCUCCUCAGUAAGAUUUUGUGCACAUCUCUUUGCAGUAAGUUAUCACCACUCAAAACACAUUUUAGCUGUAGCAUGUUCAGCAAUCUAUGCAUUUAAUUUUUUAAAAAUAUAAACUAUCUUGAAAGUUUUUCUUAUGUGCGCUCAUACCAUACCUAGUUUUGUAUCACCUCCCUUAAUCAAAAUAGAAGAACAUUUUUGAUUUUUUGUGCACAUCUCUUGUAGCAUGUUCAUACCAUACUUGCUGCCAUUUGUAACUGUCAUAUAGCUGAUACAACGUGUAUAAGUCCUGCUGUUGUGAUAUGGAUAAGUUAGCAGUUAUUGUAUCUGAAAUUUCGAUAUAGUUGAAACUUCAGAUCAAAUGUGUGUGAAAUGAGGAUUCAACGGUUAGUCACUACUUUGUGAACUGGUGAUCUUUGUAUUGAAGCUACCAUGGUUUAAAAGAAGAAGAUGACGGUGAACUUAACUCAUCGAACCCAGCAGCAUUGGACCCUCUCUCCCUGUUGGAAGCAUCGCCUCACAAGUCCAUCUCGUCUGGAGGCUUAGCCAUCGUGUCUUGGUGAAACGGCUUGUUGUUUACUUGGUCCUUUGUAUCUAUCUCAUUGUGGCUCGCAAAAGCCAAAAGCCUCACCCUUACCCUCACCUUGUCUUCAAUAUUUUGUCACAGCAUGCAACAUGUCAAACUUCUUCACUCGAACAGAAUCGAGUACGGAUUAUGGUUUGCUAGAUCAA